AUGGAGAACCUGAGAGUGAGAAGAGCAGGUUUUGCUUAUCGCAGACAGUAUGAGCCAUUUUUGGAGCGUUACAAGAGCUUGUGUCCACAAACCUGGCCCAGGUACACUGCUGGAACCCCCAAGCAGGGUGUGAAGAUCAUCAUGGACAAAUUCACUGGCUCAUCUGAGGACUACCAAAUGGGGGAGACAAAAGUGUUCAUUAGAGAAUCCAAAACACUUUUCGCCAUUGAGGAUGCCUUCCAGAGGCGCAAGCACGAAUUGGCGAGCAAAAUCCAAGCUGUGUACAAGGGCAGAUUGCAAAGGAGGAAGUAUUUGCAGAUGAGAUCCGCCGUUACAACGAUUUCCAAAUAUUGGAAAAGAGUCCUGGCCAAGAGGGAAUUGGCCAAGAGGAAGAAGGCUGUCACUGUCAUCAGAGGGUUCAUCAAGGGCUUCAUCCAAAGGAACAAGCCAAUGCAACACCUGGACGAUUCCAGCGUGAAGUUUUUGCAAAUGGUGAAAGUUUCUUGGCUCAUCAGGCUGGCUAAAAAUUUGCCUUCAAAGAUUUUGCAGCACAAGUGGAUGCCUGCCCCUACUUGUUGCCAGGAGGCAAGUUCCCUUAUUCUAAAGCUCAGUGUUCCCCAACCUUUUGAAGCCCACAGACACAGACCAGCAGCCAAUUUCCUCAACAUUUUUUUUGCAGACUGCCUACCGCCGCGGCAACCUGUCGUACUGCUCCCCAACCCGUCACCACCACCUUCAGUGACGGGCAACUCUACAACAAGUACGUUAACCCAUUUCGACCCAAAUCCUACAAUUCAACAGGUCGUGACCCUCGCACACGCAAUAUACUUGUGUGACGAGGCUUUCAAACAGCACCUCAGUGCAGAUACGUUCCAAAUGUUCGUUCAGAAACAUCAGGUAUUUAUGACGGCAUCCAUUUACUUUAUUUCCUUGAAACAACAUCAUUUUGAGGAUGCGGAGCAAACGCAAAUCUCGCAAUUGUGCGAUGAAUUAAAUGCCAUCAUUCUUCGAACACCGGAACAGUUACAGACAAAUUGGCUAGAAUUACGCCCUAAACAGGCGUGCAUACUUGGCGUCCAAUUCUCGGGACCACCGAGUGUGGAACUCGUCCCUGGUGUAUUUACACCUGAGGAAAAAGACGCACCAUCCCAAUACUCAACUAGUACGCAACGGGAACUUGUCCCGUACCAAAAAUUUCAAACACAGUCCCAUAGACUGUUGGAAAUCGACGAUGAAACGGAUCCAUACUUGGCUGCGUUGCACACGUAUGCAUCAGCAACAAGCAUGCCACAACCGAGUUCAUCAUUUGUACGUGACCUGGAAAAGAAAACGGUGCUCCCCUCUUUCAAACGCUUCAGCGGAAAUCCUGAGGAAGAAUACACCUUUGACCGUUUUUGGUCGAAUUUUUACAAAAUCCAUAUCAUUCCAUCCAAAUUCAUCACGCCGUCACAAAGAAUCGGCUUGCUACUACUUUAUUUGGAUGGCAAGGCCAACAAUCUUGUUGACAGGCAACCGGACAAAACCGAAGAAUCCGACUACUGCCGGAUUUUGAAAAUUCUUAUUGAAGAAUAUGGAAACAUACAAGCAACACGUCAGUGUAUCUAUAAAAUGUUCGAAAAAUUAAAACCAGACGGGACAUCAGCCGAUGAUAUGGCAAAGUACAUGGAAAAGGUGGUAGAUGUCACCACCCAACUUCACAAUCUACGAUCAAAUAUGCCACAAGUACACAUUCGACUGUGGCCUACAAUCAAGCUACACCUGCGGAAAAGCGGACUUCUAAACAGCGUUUUGCAUGAGCUGGAAUUAAACCCACCUCAUCGCGCAUCGGAAUCUGCAACCUGGGAAAGCACCCCAGCAAACCGAUAUCGAUGGGUUAGCAAGUUUAUACGAUCAGAAGCACCAGAGGAUGAAGUUUCGCCUACGGCACUUACAUUCCUCAGUGGAACAAUUUCCAAACAGAUUAAAGAAAAAGAGCCGGACAAGAAAUCCGACACAGAGGACAUCGAAAAAGAUUCCAGUUCCAAAAAAAUGAAACGGGACGCAUCCAAAAGUCCUCGCAGGUUGAGUCAUAACAACUCCAAAAAAUCUGAUCGUCGCUCAAAGAGACAAGAAAUCCAAAAAAGAUCGAAGUUGUUCAUCAACACCUGA